AUGGCCCCCAUUCUCCUCCCAGCCAACCGGCAACCAUCACGCUUCUACCUAGGGGGACCCAGAAUAUUCGCUUUCCGCUCAUACACACCCUCAGGACCCAAUGAGCCCGAAGACUGGGUCGCCUCGACGACGUGCUGCCACGGCUGCGCGGGCUCGAAGCUCGGGAUGACGAUCCUCCUCGACGGCCGCCUCCUCACGGACGCCGUCGCGCAAGCGCCAGAGCACUGGCUCGGUCCCAGCAUGUGA